GUGAUUAUCCCAGCUUACACACAGCAAACACAUGAGUAACAGGAGCAGUGCGUGAAAGAGCGAGCAUUUACAGAAUACAUUUUCCUGACCCAGAAAGAUGGGGAAGAUUGUGCACCUAUUUUUUUUUUAAACAAAGUCAACGAGUAACAGCAGCGGGGAGGAGAAAGAGGUGAGGUGGAGGGGAGAUCCUGUGCUUUUCUGGACAUUGGUGACUUGACUGUUACAGUGAAGAGGAGUCAGAGAGACACGAGAGGAGGCACACAAGGGGUCAUGUUUUUUUUUGUUGUGAGGCACGAUAGCUUGUGUCUUCUCUUCUGGAGUAUGUGCGUGUGUGUGUGAAAGAUGUCUGAAGAGUAUGACAGAUGAGCAAUACCAUGUCAAGAACUAGGAGUCGGGGGAGCACUCACUGAAGAAAUGGCUCAGUUGCCCCAACGAUCUGCUUCUCAAUCUCCACCAUUCCUGUGCUCCACCAUUUCCCCGCUCCAUCGCUCCCUCAGAAUACCUGGAAAGGAAAAGGACGUUAUCACUCAGAUAAGACCCAAGAGACUUUCCUAUUCCCCGCUCACUUACCUGGAUUCUCCUCAUUCUGUGUUCAAUAAACCUGCUGUUUGUAUUUCACCUACCUCUGUGUCCCGUGUAUAUCUGCUGACAGAAGACCAGACCUGGACCGAAGACUGGAGUUGGCGUUCCCGAGCCCCGCGGCUGUGGACCCCUUCAAAGAGCUGGUCAGCGCUGUUCGAGCAGCUCUCUCUCCGGUCACACACCCUCUGUCUGCCUCUGCCAGUCCCAUGGCCAUCCCUACCACCUAUUCGGGCUAAAUACCACAAAGAUGGAGGAUUGUCAUCUAGUCAGAACACUCAAUGUGCAUCAGGCAAGAGCGUGGCAUGGAAGGGUCCCCGCACAGUGGAGCUGCAGAAGAACUCUCAGGGCUUCGGUUUCACAUUACGGCACUUCAUAGUCUAUCCACCGGAGUCUGCCCUCCACACUAACCUGAAGGCUGUGGAGAAUGGCAAUGGCAAAGGAGGUCAAAGGUCUCGUCUGGAGCCAGUGGACACUAUUUUUGUGAAGAAUGUGAAAGAGAAAGGCCCGGCCCAUCAGGCAGGCCUGUGCACAGGAGACAGGCUGGUGAAGGUAAAUGGAGAUAGUGUGCUGGGAAAAACUUAUUCUCAGGUCAUAGCAAUGAUUCAGAAUAGUGAGAAUGUACUGGAGUUGUCCAUCAUGCCUAAAGAUGAGGAUGUGUUACAGUUGGCAUAUUUUCAAGAUGCCUAUCUGAGAGGGAAUGAGCUAUACACUGGAGAAGCCCAAAACCUUCCUGAACUUCUGGUCUGUUAUCCAAGCAGCAAACCCACCUCCACUACCCAGAACCUUGGUCUUCCUGACAACCUCAGCUGUAAGCCCAACCCCGCUCUGGACAAAUGCUCUGGAGCAGAUAGUUCUGGGAUCAUUGUCGGGUUUCAGCGUGCCCAUCACCACCUGACUCACCAGUGCGUCCACACCUCAUCCUCAGCAGGGAUAACAAUGAGCCCGCUGGACUACCACUUUGCUAACCACAAUGCAGCUAUUGUCUCCGCCUCACUCCCCCAUCCUAGGAAAGGCAGUCUUCCCCAAGCUCGCAGUGAACUGUGUCACCAGGCUCUGUCAAAUUGGUACUACAGCCAAGCAGAGCGACCAGGCCUUGGAAUCUAUCAUCACCAACAUAGCAUCUCUCAUGACCAGCUGUGUGAGCUGGGACUGGCACUGCGAGGGCCUUGUGGUGGAUGGUCACACAGCCCCUCUCAGGACACCCUUCUGCACCACUACAGUGCAACGACAGGGGCCAACCACUCCCUAGGGAAGCUAGGUAGGUGGGGUCAAACCUCUAGCCAUUCCUGUUUAGAGAACCUGCUGUCUGCAUAUGCUUCCGAUGAGCAGAAUUACAGCUGUUUGCUAGAGACCUUAGAAAAGGCAUCUGUUCCGAUCUUGCCCCAUUACAAAAGACCAGCGUGGCCUCAUCAAAGGAAUCAGCCAUCCAGGGUUGAGGAGUGCCCAAGUCUUGCCCAUCAUGAGGCUGUUGCUACAAUGGUGGCACCCUCAGAUUGGAGCUUAAGCCAAGCCCAGCAGCCAGCUGCUCAGAUAAAAUGUUUACCUGCACAAGUUGUAGAUGAUCAGACAGUGGGCUAUUGCAGCUACAGCACCUCCUUCUGCCAAAAGGCCAGCCAUCUUAUGCAACAGUCUCACUCCUUCAGUGACACUUCCAACACCCUUCCAAUUCUGAAAACUGACCCACUGCAGAGUGCAUCCUCCACCAAUACCCCCGCAGCAGUGCUUCAAGACUCAGCUGCAGCAGGCUCAGUGAUUGGUGGGUUUGGUAAGGAGAGUGUUCAAGUUAAGAGUCAGGAGGUGGUGUUUCGACAAAAGCCCCCCCUAGGCAGAAAAACUACUCAUGGGUUGCUACACCCCAACUAUGCUUUACCUGUGGAUACUCCUGAACCCCUUUCAGCCACAGCCAUUCCCUCAAGGUCAAAAGAUUCAUUGCACCAGACUAAUGGUGGCAUACCACCCUUGCCUGUGGAUCAGGACUCCCUGGCUGCCAUUCCUUUCAUAGGUCAGUGGGGACUGAUUUAAAUUAUAUUCUUUUUUUUAACAGGUCACUUUAGAUUUAGGCUUUUAGAUUUACGUUUUAUUUCAGUUCACUAGGUCAGGGUUCUCCAACCUUUUUUACACCACAGACC